AUGACAGACACAACUACCUAUUCACACCGUAACAGAAACCAAGACACGACAGACACAACUACCUAUUCACACCGUAACAGAAACCAAGACAUGACAGACACAACUACAUACUCACAUCGUAACAGAAACCAAGACACGACAGACUCAACUACCUACUCACACUGUACCAGAAACCAAGACACGACAGACACAACUACCUACUCACACCGUAACAGAAACCAAGACACGACAGACUCAACUACCUACUCACACCGUAACAGAAACCAAGACACGACAAACUCAACUACCUACUCACACCAAAACGGAGACCAAGACAUGACAGACACAACUACAUACUCACACCGUACCAGAAACCAAGACACGACAGACACAACUACCUACUCACACCGUAACAGAAACCAAGACAUGACAGACUCAACUACCUACUCACACUGUACCAGAAACCAAGACACGACAGACUCAACUACCUACUCACACUGUACCAGAAACCAAGACACGACAGACACAACUACCUACUCACACCGUAACAGAAACCAAGACACGACAGACUCAACUACCUACUCACACCGUAACAAAAACCAUGACACGACAAACUCAACUACCUACUCACACCAAAACGGAGACCAAGACAUGACAGACACAACUACAUACUCACACCGUACCAGAAACCAAGACACGACAGACACAACUACAUACUCACACUGUACCAGAAACCAAGACACGACAAACUCAACUACCUACUCACACUGUAACAGAAACCAAGACACGACAGACACAACUACCUACUCACACCGUAACAGAAACAAAGACACGACAAACUCAACUACCUACUCACACCGUACCAGAAACCAAGACACGACAGACUCAACACCUACUCACACCGUACCAGAAACCAAGACACGACAAACUCAACUACCUACUCACACCGUAACAGAAACCAAGACACGACAGACACAACUACCUACUCACACCGUAACAGAAACCAAGACACGACAAACUCAACUACCUACUCACACCGUAACAGAAACCAAGACACGACAAACUCAACUACCUACUCACACCGUACCAGAAACCAAGACACGACAGACUCAACACCUACUCACACCGUACCAGAAACCAAGACAUGACAGACUAAACUACCUACUCACACCGUACCAGAAACCAAGACACGACAAACUCAACUACCUACUCACAACGUAA